AUGUGGUGUGGACGCCGCCUCCUCGAAGGCACCGUCGGGCCUGGAGCGCUACGGACUGAGCGAACAGCGCAGCCGCUUCGAGUACCCGCCGCCGCCGCCUCCCCCGGGCAGCCUGAGCGGAAGCCAUGCGGGCCGCCUGCCCAACGGCCUGGGGGGCCCCAACGGCUUCCCCAAAGCCCCCGACGAUGGGCCGCCGGAGCUGAAUCGCUGGACGCCGCCUCCUCGAAGGCACCGUCGGGCCUGGAGCGCUACGGACUGAGCGAACAGCGCAGCCGCUUCGAGUACCCGCCGCCGCCGCCUCCCCCGGGCAGCCUGAGCGGAAGCCAUGCGGGCCGCCUGCCCAACGGCCUGGGGGGCCCCAACGGCUUCCCCAAAGCCCCCGACGAUGGGCCGCCGGAGCUGAAUCGCCAGAGCCCCAAUUCCUCCUCCUCGUCGUCGUCCUCGUCCUCUUCCUCCAGGCGAGGGGCGCACGGCGGUUUGGUGAGCGGCCUCCCUCCCGGCAGCGCCGCGGCCCAGCUCAACGUGCCGCCUAACCUCCUGCCCCAAACGUUGCUCAACGGGCCGGCCGCCUCCGGGGUGUCUCUGCCGCCGCCGCGGGGACCCCCGACCUCCUCGUCGUCCUCGUCCUCCUCCUCAUCCUCCUCCUCCUCGUCGUCUUCCUCGGGCGAUCCGUGCGGGAAGCGGCCCGGCUCGGUGUCCAGCAGCGGCGACCAGGAGCGGGAGCUCAAGGAGAAGCAGCGCAACGCCGAGGCGCUGGCCGAGCUGAGCGAGAGCCUCCGCAACCGGGCCGACGAGUGGGCCAGCAAGCCCAAGCUGGUGCGCGAGACGCUGCUGACGCUGGCGGGCUGCACCCCUUACGAGGUGCGCUUCAAGAAGGACCACGCGCUCCUGGGCCGCGUCUUCGCCUUCGACGCCGUCUCCAAGCCCGGGCUGGACUACGAGCUGAAGCUCUUCAUCGAGUACCCGAGCGGCUCCGGCACGGUCUUCUCGAGCGCCUCCGGCGUGGCCAAGCAGAUGUACCAGGACUGCAUGAAGGACUUUGGCCGCGGCCUCUCCUCGGGCUUCAAGUACCUCGAGUACGAGAAGAAGCACGGCUCGGGCGACUGGCGCCUCCUGGGCGACCUCCUCCCGGAGUCGGUGCGCUUCUUCAAGGAGAUGGUGGGCGCCGACAUGCUCCCGCAGCCGUACCUCGACGCCUCCUUGUCGGCGGGGGGCUUCGGCGGGGUGCCGCCGCCUCCUCCGCCGCCGCCCCUGGGGCCCCACUCGAACCGGACCACCCCACCGGAGUCGGCCCCGCAGAACGGGCAGUCGCCCAUGGCCGCCCUCAUGUCGGUGGCUGACACCCUGGGCAAUGCCCACUCGCCCAAGGACAGCAGCUCCGUGCACUCGACCACGUCGACGAGGCGCAACAGCAGCAGCCCCGUCUCGCCUGCCUCGGUGCCCGGCCAGCGCCGCCUGGCCUCCCGCAAUGGGGACAUGAACCUGCAAGUGGCCCCCCCGCCCCCCAGCGCCCACCCCGGCAUGGACCAAGUGCACCCCCAAAACAUUCCAGACUCGCCCAUGGCCAAUAGCGGACCCCUGUGCUGCACCAUUUGCCACGAACGCUUGGAGGACACCCACUUUGUGCAGUGCCCUUCGGUGCCCAGCCACAAGUUCUGCUUCCCUUGUUCCCGGGAGAGCAUCAAGGCUCAGGGGGCGACGGGCGAAGUCUAUUGCCCCAGCGGCGAGAAAUGCCCUUUAGUCGGUUCCAACGUGCCUUGGGCAUUUAUGCAAGGCGAGAUUGCGACCAUUUUAGCCGGGGAUGUGAAAGUGAAAAAGGAGAGAGACCCUUAAACAAAACAACAUAACACACAGCAAAAUCCGACUCCCUUCAGCUGCCUGAAGAUGUAGAAUUGUGAAUAUUGGAAAACAAAACACACGGGACAGGACUGCAAAAAGUUUAGUCUUAUGUAUAGACCUUAUUUUCGUCGUAUGUUUCUAUAUUUUGAAACAAAGGUAUGUACCCUUCUUCAUUUGAAGGAUAGAGCUGUUCUUUUUUUCGUUUUUGUUAAAACAGAAUAUAUAAUAUUGUUUGCUUACCACAUAAUACCUGUUUCUCAUUUCUUUGGCAGUGUGUUGGCUAGGUACAUGGUUAAAUAGCCCUUAGCGAUUACCUGCUGCUGGUGUGUAUUUUUGUAAAUGUAUGCACUUCUCUAAAAGGAAAAAAAAAGUUAAAAAAACACACAAAAAAACAAUCCCCUUUUCUUUUCGCCAAGGCCAGUGUUGAUGCCUAAAACAAUUUGCUACAAAAAUGGUGAGUUUACUUUUACAAGCCCAGAGUGUUAGUCUUUCACUUUUUGUUUCUGUUUUUUAAUUUCUUUUUGUUCCUUUGCAAAAUGGUGGGGUGAUAUAGGGAUGUGUUUUUUGUUGCAACUUUGUAAAAAAAAUGUUUCCGUUCCUUUCUACUGACCUGAACAUUUUUAAACUUCAUGUGUUUUUUGAUUUUUGCUUUAUCGAUGCACGAAGGCUUUUGAACACUAGAGCAAAAUUGCUGUACAUGGAAAAUAUGCUCUAUUUGUCCUUUAUACAUUUCUGUAGUUAACAGAACACUGUAAUGUGCCUUGGAGCUUAGUAAAUUGUAAUAAAUUCAAUUGAUAUUAAUA